AUGGAAGUAAUAGGAGCUCAGCUCGAUUCUAGAGCCAUUUGCCCCUCGGGUUCUUACUACUCUCGAGGCCAGUGUUGGCGCCGCUCAAAUUGGUACUACUGGGGCCGCUGGGUCGUCGCCGGCGUCAUCAUUUUCGUAGUCGUCUUCAUCUGCCUGAUCAUGGCCUGCAUGAACUCGCGCCGCCGCCGCAAGCGAGGUCUCCGGCCCAUGUACGGUACCGGCUGGAUGGCCCCCAACUCCAAGUUCGGCGGACCGCAUCCGCCCAACCAACAGUGGGCCGCCGGCUACGGUAACACAGCCCCGCCACCUCCCCUUAUGGACAGCAGCCCCACAUACGGCGUCUACUCGCCCCCGCCGGGCCUCCUCCCGGUCAGAAAUAAAAGAGAAUUCAGGGAUGGCGUGGCUGCGUAA